UCUGAAUGCUUAUCACAUGCUUCUGGCAAGUAUGCUUAGGCAGAGAGAUUUUGACAAGAAAGCAUGCGAUUGCAUGUUUAACAAGUCUUCAAACUUUGUUUUGAAUUUCACCUUUAAAACAAAAAGCAUUGAAGCAGGCCUAUUGUUUGAAUAACCCUCCUCCAUUAAGUACGUGAAUCUUUACCCCUCCAGGCUAUGUUCAUUUGCAUUUUAUCUCUGCCACUCUUCCACACUUUUAUUUCACUCUUGACCCUGUUUCUAGGAGAUGUGCGAGUAAGAAGUCGGGCAGGAUUUGAAACAGAGAGAAGAGGUUCUCAUCCAUACAUUGAUUUCCGUAUUUUUCACUCAAAUUCUGAAAUCGAGGUGUCUGUGUCUGCGAGAAAUGUGAGAAGGUUGCUUAGUUUCCAGCGAUACCUGAGAUCUUCCCGUUUUUUCCGUGGUAUCACUGUUCCAAAUUCUUCAAACAUUUUAGAUGAUGAUUAUAAUGGACAAGCAAAGUGUAUGCUGGAGAAGGUUGGAAAUUGGAAUUUUGAUAUUUUUCUUUUUGAUAGACUGACAAAUGGAAACAGUCUAGUCAGCUUAACCUUUCAUCUGUUUAAUCUUCAUGGACUAAUUGAACACUUCCAGUUAGAUACGAUGAAACUUCGUAGAUUUUUGGUUAUGGUUCAAGAAGAUUAUCACAGUCAAAACCCUUAUCAUAAUGCAGUUCAUGCUGCUGAUGUGACUCAGGCCAUGCACUGUUACUUAAAAGAGCCCAAGCUUUCCAAAUCUUUAACUCCAUGGGAUGUUCUUCUCAGUUUAAUAGCAGCUGCCACACAUGAUUUGGAUCACCCAGGUGUUAACCAACCUUUCCUAAUUAAAACAAACCAUUACUUAGCAACUUUAUAUAAGAAUACCUCAGUAUUGGAGAACCAUCACUGGAGAUCAGCAGUGGGGUUGCUGAGAGAGUCUGGUUUAUUUGCACAUAUGUCAUUAGAAAACAGGCAGCUGAUGGAAAGCCAGAUAGGUGAUCUCAUUCUUGCCACAGAUAUCAGUCAGCAAAAUGAGUAUCUGUCCAUGUUUCGAUCCCAUUUGGAUAGAGGAGACCUAUGUUUAGAGAAUGCGAACCAUCGUCACUUCAUUUUACAGAUGGCUUUGAAGUGCGCUGAUAUUUGUAAUCCGUGUCGGACGUGGGAGCUGAGUAAGCAGUGGAGUGAAAAAGUAACAGAGGAGUUCUUCCAUCAAGGAGAUAUUGAAAAAAAAUAUCACUUGGGUGUGAGCCCACUUUGUGACCGACAGACGGAAACUAUUGCCAACAUCCAAAUUGGUUUUAUGACCUACUUAGUGGAGCCACUGUUUGGGGAAUGGGCCCGGUUCUCAAAUACCAGGCUGUCGCAGACGAUGCUUGGCCACCUGGGACUGAACAAGGCUAGCUGGAAGGGAGUGCAGAGGGAACAGUCCGGCAGUGGUGACGAUGUUGACCCCGCUUUUGAGGAAAUGGACUCAGACAUAUUACCUCAGGAACCUCGAUUGUCCUGACCUCAAUCUUCAUGACAAAACUGCCUCUUCUCUUGGUAUCUGCACGGUUGGAUUAAAGGAGAUACUUGCCAGCCCAAGGUUUUGGUGACACGGUAAAAUGAUGCCAGCAUUAUUUAUUUCCAAGUUUUCCUUUGACACAGACCAUUUGAACCAGAAAUUUUUUAAACUGCAAGAGCUGAACAUAGAGCAAUAUGCAUACGCCUCAGUUGGUUUUUGUUCGGAACCUUGAAUAUGCAAAGCACAGCAGUGACUGAGCCUUGGAGGAAGAGUACGAACGCUUCAUUGUGCCACAUGGCUUUGUUUUUUUUGUGAAAUUUGGAAUACGGUCUUCAAAUCUAAGACUUGAGAUGGAUUGUUCCACUUUCUUGGAAUUUAGCAAGACUUGCAUCAGUAUGUUUCAAAGCAUACCUUCCACUCAGUCCCUGUUUUAAUACGGAAAUGUGAAGUGCCCAUCCUCUGCUGCCUCUGGCAAGACUUGAUGUUUACAAAUGUACUCUGAAACUAUCGGUUCUAGACUUACCUUUGCGCAUGGCUGUGAAGGAACCACUAACUUGUUUUUUUUGCUUUUUUUAAAGAAAAAGAUCAAAUCUGAGACUGCAGCUCUUGUUUCUUUGGAUGCCAGAAAAGCCUCCCAUUUGCCAUAAUUUUGUUUGUGCACUGGGAACUGAGCAUUCAUCAUAGAGCACAGCCAAGCUUUACUCCAGUGCUAUAUGGGAAUGCAAUUUUUUAACGGCGGA